AAUUAAUGGUAACAUUUUGUGGUUUCCAAAAGAGAAGAGUUUUCCCAACAUGUCACUUGGACGAAUUAGGUCAAGCCUUGUAAAACUUCAAAUAGCGUCAAAUUACCGAACAUUUUUACGCUCAGCGUCAUCAUCAUAUAAAAGCAAAUAUUCCCUCGAAAAUAUAUAUCCCAACAGUGAUCAAAAUUUCCUCAGGAAGGUGGAAAUCAAGCAGACAUAUAGCAAUGACACACAAGAAGAAUUUACAGGCUAUAUACCACUAGAUGAUAUUCAGAUUAAAGCUGUCAGAGGGAGUGGGCCCGGUGGACAGAAUGUCAACAAAGUCAGCUCAAAAGUAGAAGUACGAUUUCAUGUUGGAAGUGCAUCAUGGAUACCACAUUGGAUCAAGGAAAAUCUCAUCAAAAAUGAGAAAAGUAAAAUAACAAAAGAGGGAUAUUUGGUUGUCACAUCCGAGAAAACACGGACACAGAUGCUGAAUCAGGCCGACUGCUUAAAUAAGGUCAGGGAGAUGAUAUACAGAUCCUCAGAGAAGCUUGAGGAAAUGACCGAAGAGGAUACUAAGAUACUGACAGAGAGGUUUGUCAAAGCAAAUGAAAUACGUCUAAGAAGAAAAAAAGCAGAAUCACUGAAGAAGAGAAAUAGAAGAAGCUUUGAUGAUUAGAUAAUAAAUUUUUAAAAGUUA